AUGGGUGCGCAUUCCGCAGGUCGUUGGUCCGACGUUGCGUUGGUUCUUGGUUGCCGUUUCCGGGUUUCGUCAAGUGCUGAAAGAAAAAAGGAGAGUUGUGGGUCUUGCAGAGCUCGUUGGCAAGCAUUCGAAUGGCUUUUUGCGAACCUGGAGGGUGGAGGCGAACAAAUGCCGGUCUUCAACUCGUCUCUGCGGGCUCCCCUCUUCGGACACACUCAAAGCCACUUCCGGACAAUCGGUUCUCGCGACCCGAUGAGUGGCAUCUUCACUGACCUCCUCCUCGACCGUUCCACGGCAAAUGGGCCGGAGGCGGUUUCGCAAUUCUGGCUAUGCUCGUCGAUGUUGGGGUGA